UUGUUUUGAGGCCGUCAACACUGUGUACAGUGUGUAAACACCUACACGGAACAAGACAGAUCCGAGGAGAGGGUGCUGCAGGCGGCAGGACCGCGCAGAUUUCCUUUUUUCAAUUCAUUAACUGUGAAUGGGAAAACUUGCAUGGUAUUCCCGCUGCUGACUCUGUAGCUUAGCAGGAUAGAGUGUGACGGAAAAGCCCCGAAAGGUUGUUUCACUGUAAAGGAGAACGGAGGCAGCACAUCGGCGCUUAUCGACGACCAUGGCAGCGGCGACCGUUGUGGAGGCUGAUCCGGCGACGAGCGAAGGCGGCGCCGCUUUCUCCGGCGUCCAGAGCAGAGGCUGGGAUGAAUCGCAGCUCCGACACUAUUCCUUCCCAACCAAACCCAUUCCCAGGCUGUCUCAUGCGGACCCCAGAGCUGAGAUGCUGAUUAAUAACGAGGAACCAGUGGUUUUAACAGAUACAAACCUUGUGUAUCCAGCUCUCAAAUGGGACAUUGCAUACCUCCAGGAGAACAUUGGAAAUGGAGACUUCUCUGUUUACACUGCAGAAAACCACAAGUUCCUCUACUACGAUGAGAAAAAAAUGUCUAACUUUGAGAACUUUGUCCCCAAGUCACGUCGAAUGGAAAUGAAAUUCUCAGAAUUUGUGGAUAAAAUGCAUAAAACGGAGGAGAUGGGAGGAGAGGAGAGAGUAUAUCUGCAGCAGACUCUGAAUGACACAGUAGGGAAGAAGAUUGUUGUUGACUUCCUUGGUUUCAACUGGAACUGGAUCAACAAGCAGCAAGCCAAGAGAAACUGGGGGCAGCUGACAUCUAACCUGCUGCUCAUUGGCAUGGAGGGCAAUGUGACACCAGCACAUUACGACGAGCAGCAGAACUUCUUUGCACAGAUCAAAGGACAUAAGAGAUGCAUCCUCUUCCCUCCAGACCAGUUUGAAUGUCUCUAUCCAUACCCUGUGCAUCACCCCUGUGACAGACAGAGCCAAGUGGACUUUGAUAACCCCGACUAUGAGAGGUUUCCCAACUUUAAAAAUGUUGUUGGCUAUGAGGCUGUUGUUGGCCCUGGAGAUGUGCUCUACAUCCCUAUGUAUUGGUGGCAUCACAUUGAAUCACUGUUGAAUGGUGGAGUGACAAUCACUGUAAACUUUUGGUACAAAGGUGCGCCCACACCCAAGAGGAUAGAGUACCCUCUGCGUGCUCAUCAGAAGGUGGCCAUUAUGAGGAACAUUGAGAAGAUGCUGGGAGAAGCACUUGGAGACCCACAUGAAGUUGGACCUUUACUGAAAACGAUGAUCAAGGGGCGAUAUGACCAGGAUCUGAGCUAGAGCCCCACCCUUAAAACUGGUAAAUAGAACUGCUUUGGAAAACUGUAUGCGUGUGAAAGUGAGACUGCAGCGUGUGUAAUGCGCAUCCUGACUUUUGGAGCUACGAAUCACUGCAUGGGAAUUAGCGGCCAUCUUGAAACCAUUCUGCUUCAGUCGUCUCUGAGUGCCAUUGUCCUCGCAAAUACCACAAUUACAGAAGAAACAUCUGACUAACUCAUGGGAAUUCGCCAUACUUGAAGAGGUCUUUUUUUCUCUCUUUUGGCUCAAGUCUAGAUUAUAUUUAUGUGAUUCAGUGUUCUCAUAAGUUAAUGGGUGUUUGGGUGUAUUUGCUCACCCAGUCGGUAAAUGUGUAAGAUUGGUACCUUUGUAGCAACCUCAAUAUUUUGACCACUAAUAGAUGAGUUAAGGGGUAUUAUAUAUAUAUAUAUAUAUAUAUAUAUAUAUAUACAGUAGACAUAAGUUAAUUACAGGACAUUUCUUAUAUUCAUGUAAGAAAAGAAAGCUAAUUUGGUUCAUACCUGUAAAGAUGACAGGUCUUUUAAGUGUCUUUGGAAUAUUUCUCUACAUAAUCUACAUUAUCUCUAAGCCUACUAAUGACAUGGUUUCAGGGAGUGAUCAAGAAUUUUCUGUUGCAACGAAGACAGCAUGGGCCCAGUACUAAAAGUUAGAGGAUGCAGUGAUUAAAAACAGUGAUGAAAUAUUAUCAAAAAUAUGUGUGGGCGUGCAAGAAAAGGGGGCUCAUAUAUUCAACUGAAGGAAUAUGUAAUGGCUUGCAGCUAAAUUAUUUUAGCAGAGGGAUUGCUUUGUGGUUUGUUUAUGCUCUUGCUUGUUUGAUUUAUAUUUCAAAGACUUUAUUGGAUGUGUUAUCCUGCGUACCAGUAAUAGGUCAGGGAGUGUUGACAAUGAAUCACAUACUGUAAAUUAGUUGCAAAUACAGUUAACUUUAAGAAUCAGUAGAAAAUACAGGAAGUUACUGUUUUUUGGGGAGACUUCUCAGAGUAUUAACAGGUAGUGUUUUGUUGAGAAUAUGAUGGUUAAAACAGCCAUGAGUGUAAGACUGGUUUGAAGUGAGUGGCUUGAAUGAUUGAUUUAUGUUAAAAUGUUAGUAACUGACUGAACUAGCAGGGCCAUCUGCUGGAAAGAAGCGUAUGUAUCAGCCAUUGCAGUGCAACACAAAUGCACCAUCUAGUGUUUCAAAUUUGCAGUUGCAUGUUAAGCUUGAUGUAUCUUGGUCCAUACACUAUACUUCUACAAUACAAAUAUUCAGUAUGUUGUGUUAAAUGUAGAUUAAAUUACGCUGCAAUGUGUACAAAAGUCUAAUUCCAGUUGAAAACCUGUACUUGCUGUAAUGAUUACUAUAGGUUAACAAGCCUCAGAAAUGCACUUGUUUUUAUUUUCAAGCAGCCAUAUUUUGAAGACCUUGAAAUGAGAGCAACUUGAAAGAUGGCUGUUGCCAUGCAAGUUCUCUCUCAAGCAGUUGUAAAAAAAAAAGUACAUUCAGCAUAAGGGGAGGGUACUUUCAUACGAUGUGUUGUAUGUGACAAACCAACAUACAAACCAGUAGAUGGGUAUGUUCAUAUUCAGAUGGCUUUGUUUGCCUGUGACAUUGGAUGAAUCAGUGAGUGGUGUACUGUAAAAUAGCCACACCAAAGCACCUAAUUCGCCAGGAAUACACAGGUUUUCAAGGGUUUUGUUUUGUCUGAUGAAAAUAAUACUUUUUCAUUGCUGAUAAUGUGCAUAAGUAUUUCUUAAAACUGCACGAUGAUCGAACAGUGCUACUUUCUCUGUAAAAGAACUCACCGUAAUAUGUAAAACUGAUGUUUCAUCUCUUUUCUAUUGCUAGAUUAACCCUGUUUACUGUAUGUGCCUUGCUUGCGUUGGUAUGGCACUAAAUGUCGCAAGAACUUGAUUUUUUUUAAACCUUUAUUUUGUGGUCAAAAUGUUUGUUUUCACUCUGGCAUUAAUCAGCUUUAAAGGUGAGAAGAAGGGGCUCAUAGAGCUAGAGGAAUGUUUUUACUGAUGGAUGCUGGUUUUCUGUUUUGAACAUACAGUAUGUGCUCACCUUGUUCCUCUGAUAAAGUUUGUUUGCAAAGUUC